CCCUUACUGUGCUCCCAACUACAAACCGCGGCUCGAUUUCUGGGAGCACCUUCACCUCGAGCUGAAGCCGGUGGUUUUCGGGUCUGCAGCUGCUGUGCACAGCCUGGGAGGGGACGGAAGGUUACCCUGCCCCACCAGCAGCGCCGCUGCCCGCCGGGAGAGCGGUGCUAUCCCACCCCCGGGCGGGAUGCUCCCCGCCGGGAUAAAGCGAUGCUGAUCGGCGAGCAGGGCGCGAUGCUGUCCCACGGGGGGAAGGAGGCGGCGAGCAGAUAAAAAGAUGAAAGCCUCGGUCAUGCUUUGCAGCAAAUUUCAUACAACACCUGAGGGGAACUGAAGCAGAAACCAAAGCCAAGGCAAAGCAGCAUCUGACCUUGUCACUGGGGGGCAGAAAACAGCCGCUGGUUCCACUGUGCUUUAAUCAAGCUCCCUGGGCAAUGUGGAAUUGCAGAGAGCUCACAAAGUGCAAGUUCCUUCCAGGUCCGUGGGGUGAAUAAAAAUUGUUAAUUCUUGGCUUGAUUUGUCAUCCUUUGGGGGAAAAAAAAGGUAUGUUGGACUGGCUAUUAUACAGUUAGACCAAGCACAACUGGAAGUGAGUUGCUCCAGAGAUGAGAGUGACUGAGGCCAGCAAAGCCAAGGAGAAGCCUGUUCAACUGCACAUCUACCUGGGAUUCCUUGGAGAGGUGAUAAAGUGAGUAAUAAGGCAAAGUGGGAGUUAUAAAGCGGAUGCGACAGCUCCAGCAGAACUUCUUCUCACUGCCACAUACGCUCGUUACAAAGCAACUAAUGUUAUUUGGAAAUCUAUUUGAGAAAAAAAAUGCACUUUGAGCAUCUCUGCAGUCCUUUUGUCUGAAGCAUUGAUCAGGAAAAUCAGCAGCACAACACCAACAAAGAAAAAUAUGGUGAAGGCAGCUAAGGAAAUUGAAAUGGAGAACCCAAGAGAGGCAGAGACUCCCAGCACAGGAGCCACAUGUUCCCCUCCAGAGGAACAAACAAAAAAACCCUCCAUGCUCUGCUUUAAGAAGAGGAAGAAGUCUGGUAAGAAGGGGCUGGCUGGGAAGGAUGUGUGCGAAGGAGCCUCAGAGGAGAAAAGCCAGUGUGUUAGCGCUGACCAAGAGGAGGUGAAAGCUUCCAAUCCAUCACGGUCCUCCAAAGGAACCUGGGCAGCCAUCAAAAGCCUUGCCAGACCUCAGAGAAGGCAGAAGUCCUCCUCGCGGAAGAAGGUGCCCUCUGAUUCCCAAGUGCAGCUGGAGGUGGAUGCUGAGGAGAGCUGUGCCCAGGACCUCCCAAAGAAACGGGCAAGCUCUGGGGUCAAGAUGCCCUGUGUGAGGUUCUCCAGAGGUAGGAAAAAACCCAGCCCCUCAGAAGCAGUGGAGGAGUCAGAGGGCAGUGUUCAAGCAAAUGAAGUGAUGGGUAUUGUGAAUAAGGCCAGUGAAGAGCCGGAGGAUUUGGCCCCGACAGGCAAAUCUGAAUCCUUCAGCCCAGUCUCUGCACAGGAGGAGCAGGAUACGGUGAAGCAGGAGCAGCUUAAAGAGGACCAGGAUACAACGAAGAAGGACCAAGAUACAAUGAAAGAGGACCAGGAUUCAGUGAAAGAGGACAACCAUACAGCCAAGGAAAGUGACACCUCUGUUGGGAAGAGUGAGCCCUUGACACAGCCCGCACGUGAGGCAGAAGAAGAACACUCGGAGUGCACUGUUCAGCUGGAGAUAACCAUUUCAGAGACAGCUAAUGAAACAGCCCAGGACAAACUGCAGGAAGGGAGUCUGCCCCAAACCACCAACGAUGUGGAGGGCAGGGAAGUUGCUUCCGAAGCGCCUGUUUCUAAAGAUCAACCUGAUAAUGCCCCUGAAAUCACAGAGUGGCAGGAAAUCCCUAAUACCUGCAAAGAGGUGCCUGAAAGGGAUGAACUGGAAAAGAGCAUAAAUCUUUCUAAGGAGUGCAAAGCCGAGGAGACUGUAACUGGUUUCAGUGAGCUGGUAUCUGGAGGUGAUGCAGCGAGUGUGCAGGAUGCAGGGAGUGUGCAGGAUGCAGGGAGUGUGCAGGAUGCAGGGAGUGUGCAGGAUGCAGGGAGUUCAAAGGAUGCAGUGAGCAUGCAGGAUGCAGGGAGUUCAAAGGAUGCAGUGAGCAUGCAGGAUGCUGUGAGUGUGAAGGAUGCAGAGAGUGUGCAGGAUGCAGCGAGAGUGCAGGAUGCUGCAAGUGUGCAGGAUGCAGUGAGUGUGAAGGAUGCAGAGAGUGUGCAGGAUGCAGCGAGAGUGCAGGAUGCUGCAAGUGUGCAGGAUGCAGUGAGUGUGCAGGAUGUAGUGAGUGUGCAGGAUGUAGUGAGUGUACAGGAUGCAGAGAGUGUGAAGGAUGCAGCAAGUGUACAGGAUGCAGCAAGUGUACAGGAUGCAGAGAGUGUGAAGGAUGCAGGGAGUGUACAGGAUGCAGGGAGUGUGAAGGAUGCAGGAAGUGUGCAGGAUGCAGCAAGUGUACAGGAUGCAGGGAGUGUGAAGGAUGCAGGGAGUGUACAGGAUGCCACAAGUGAACAGGAUGAAGGGAGAGUGAAGGAUGCAGGGAGUGUACAGGAUGCCACAAGUGUACAGGAUGCAGUGAGUGUGCAGGAUGCCAUGAAGGAGCAGGAUGCAGCAAGCAUGAAGGAUGCAGUGUGUGUGCAGGAGGCAGCGAGUGUGCAGGAGGCAGUGAGUGUGAAGGAUGCAGAGAGUGUACAGGAUGCAGAGAAUGCACAGGAGGCAGCAAGUGCGCAGGAAGCAGCAAGUGUGCAGGAAGCAGUGAGUGUGGAAGAUACAGCAAGCAUGCAGAAUGCCACAAGUGUGCAGGAGGCAGUGAGUGUGCAGGAGAUAGUGAGUGCCCAGGAUGCAGCAGGUAUGAAGGAGGCAGUGAGUGUGCAGGAGGCAGCAAGUGUGGAGGAUGCGGCAAGUGUGCAAGAGGCAGCAGGUGUGCAGGAAUGCUCCAGCCAUCAGAUACUAGAAGCAAAUGCAGGCACUGGUGUCAGCAUCAUCAUCACCAUCACCGAAGCCGAGGACUCUGACAACACCGACUCUGACCAGGCCUAUGAGCCGUCCCCGGUUUUGCACCAAAAAAAGCAAAAAGGGAAUAAAAAAUCGAACAGGAAUGCUGAUGUUGGUCAAAAAGAGGGCCCCGAGGCUGGUGGCGGUCCCCAGGCAGAGGAGAAAGGUCUGGGUGACCAGGGGCACAGAACUGGGGAGCAGUACGAGUUGCUCCUCAUAGAAACCGCCUCUUCCCUUGUGAAGGCGGCCAUUCAGUCAUCCAUAGAGCAGCUGGUCAACGAAAUGGCCCUGGAACAGAAUAAACACAACAGCUUUCUGUGAUGGCAGCCUUGCCCCAGAGAGAAAGGGCAGCAGGAGUGAUCUCAAGCUCCAUUUGGCCUGCGGGGUGUGUGGAGAACUCGGAGAGCUCCUGGGGCUGAGGUGUAGUUAAUUCUGCAUGCCCGUUCAGCUGUGUCUGUGUGAAACGGAUCCCGGGAUGUGGGCAGACCCUGCUGAGUGCAGCGUGUCCCCUGGGGCUUCAGACAGCGCCACUGACCACAGCUGCGGAAAAAUUAAGGUGUUACAGUGACUGUGUUUUCAUUUAUUGGCACAUUUAUGUCAAGGCCACAUUCCUGCUGUCACCUGUGCCCUGUUUCUCCGCUGUUCCUGCUGUAGAUCUGUACAUACCAUGUGUUUGAAGCAAGGUCCUGAGAGGCAGUGAGUGCCCGACCUGCUGCUGGGCUGGAUUCGGGGUACGCUGAAAACAGCUGGAGGCUUGCUGGGGCUUUAUUGCAGAUGAGGAAGAGCGAAGUGUCCGCAAUAUUAACAAGAAAACAUAAAUUGCAAUAUUAACAAGAAAACAUCGCUGCCAGGCUGUGUGCGUACCGCGAACCUCAGUCACUGCUGUGGCACGAAGCCGGCGGCUCCCAGCGAGCUCUCUCCAUCACUCGGCCUCUCCCCCUGUCACAAGCAGCCUGUGCAUCUCCAGACACGCCAAACCUCAGCAUCAGCCUCGCCUUGCUGAGCCCGGGCUGCGCGAAUGCCAGGAGAGCGGCGGCGCCUCGUUUGCCGGGGCGCCUUUCCCGCACCGCGGAGCGCAGCGGGCGGAAUUCCCUGCGGCAGCGCGGGCCGGGCGGGAGCAGCCCUGCCCAGGCAGCCCCCUCCUCCCUCGCCUUCCUCCGUCCCCGUCCCGCUGUCGUGCUGAAGCUCUCCUCGGAUGUAGCAUAUUUUUUUUUAUACGUGGCAUGCGAUAUAAAUAGCAGUGAGCUGCAUGCGUGUUAGCAGUCAGCAUAGUUUGGGAAGCCGCAAUGUGCUGCCGGCGCUGGGAUGGCUUUGAUUUGGUCUGAGUGCCGCUGGCAUCCCCGGCUGCUGGCGGCAGCCUGUCCCGCACCGCUCCCCGAGGAGCCUUCCUGCCUUCAUCCAGCCCAGGCAUCCCUUGGGAAUCGUGCAUUAUGCCCGGCUCGCUGCUACCAGGCUCUGGCACGCCACGUAGCUCCCUCUGAAACACGCACUGAAAUGCUGGAGCAAUCUUCCUGAAGUCCUCAGGGAAAAAAAAUCCUGACGUGAGGGCCCGAGGACAUGGCUGGGAAAUGCCUGGACAAGCCUACUGCUGUCAGACCCCGAGAACUGCCCUGUCCCGAGGGGUUUGCACCGCAGCGUGUGUGCGAGCAUCACCUCCAGCUACCAGCUGCCCGGGAGAAAGGGGCCUUUUAAUAAUGUGGGAUUGCAUCUGCGUGGCUGGCAUUUUGUGUCCAGCUGUGGGCAAAGCAGUGUGUUUUCCUCUGAGAGAAUUCUCCUGCGUGUUCUCAGCCGGCACAGAAAUAGCAGCCGCGCUUGGUAAUUGCUCACUGACCAUGCGCUGAGAUCUCCCUUCCCAGCACAGACUUUGGAUUCCUGCUAAAAUACAAGGGCUGUCCCUCGUAUCUGGUGCACAAACAUGUUUUAAACCUCGAUAAAGCAUCUCCUUAAUGUCAUGAGAGGACUGCGAGCAGCAACAGCCACAUCUCAUCUCUGUGCAAGUAAAACUUAAAAAAACCCAGAGGGUGGUAAAGAAAAAAAAAAGUGUAUUUUUUUCCCUGUGAAUUUGUUUAUUAAGUUAUCAGCUAUUGAUAAUUCAGUGUGUACAAUUUUAAUGGCUUUGUACUUCAUACUGGUCCUUCCAGGUAUUUUGCCAUAAUUUUGAAAAAGGGACUUUUAAAGGACUUUUAGAUGUACCUUUGGAGCUGUCGCAGCACCCUGGGAAGAGCCAUUCUGAUGCUUGGAGAGGCUUAUGGAAUUACACCGGGCACUGUGGCAGGCUGGUGCUGAGCAAAGGGCUGCAGCAUUGCUGUGGGAUCCCACUGGAGUCAGCUGCAGAGAAGGAAGUCCAAGCUUUAGUAAAUAAACACAAAAUUACCCCACAGGGCCAGGCUGUCAUGCUCUGUCAGUCUGCUAAGCUGUUCUGGGUGGAUUUGGUGUUAUUUCAGUAUUGCCUUUUAGGCAAAACAUGUCUUCAAAAAAGGAGAAGAAUGGCAGAAAUGCCUAGUCCAGCCCGGCCCUGUGACUUGCUCCAUGUCAGGGGUUGGGUUUGCAUCCUCUCUUGUAUCUGGUUUUCCCUCUGUUAUAGCUGUACAUAGAACUGAUGAUUAUUUCAUUAAAGCUGAAUGUACCUGUUGUUUUCCUGCCUUGUGAUUGCGUGGGCAGCUAUGGAGAGAUUUUAUAUGUGGAAGGAUUAACUCACAGUGGUGCUCUGUUUUGUCCAGCUUUUUCAGGCAGUCACACAGUGAGCAGAGAGAAAUCUUAAUGUUGGUGGCAGAUCCAAAUUCUUUGGAGGCUUGCUCCCCCUCUGCCCUUUCUAUGACAUUUCCUUUCGGUUGCGGGUCAAUCAUUUCUACUGCAGAGUCCUGCCUGCCCAGGGACUGCUGUAAGGAAUUUGUGAAGGGUCACAAAUCUCUGGCAGCUAAGAAAAGCCAUCCUGCUGCCCCAAGGUUAAAUUCCCUAUUAGAUACCCUGUGGCACCAGAGGGAAAUGUUUGAGGCUCUGCAGACUGACAAGGGUGGUGCUGACAGCGUUCAGGUUGGGGCUGGCAUUUUGGGAGGGGGAGCAGCAGAUUUGGUGCUUUGGCACUUUCUGGAGCAGAUCAAAUUGGUCCCACACCCUAACUGGUGUUUUUUAAUAAUAUCCUUCAUGUAAUUUCUUGACACAGUUUAAAACACACAAAAUAUGGGGGAAGGGAGUUAUAAAUUUUUAAUAGUAUUAAUCCUAUCUAUUCUUUCAGGUUUACAGAACAAAAUAUAGGCUCAUAACAGCUGUUAAUGACUUAAUUAAGACUCUCUACUCCUUCCUUAUGAUUAGAGAGUAGAACAUUAAUAAAACAUUUAUUCUUUCAUAGAAGGAAUGAUAAAUUUACUAUUGUGAAAAAGUGCUGGGCCAGGGAUCCUGUGAGGAUGUGGCUGCAUGGCUGUGACAGAGCACCAAAGGUGGCCUGACUUAAGGACCAUCAUCCUCACCAACAGCUAAAAUAAUCUGGAAUUAUCAUAGAAUCACAGGAUCAUUCAGGUUGGAAAAGACCUCUAAGAUCACCAAACACUGCCAAGGCCACCAUUAAACCCUGUCCCCAAGUGCCACAUCUAUAUAUUUUUUAAAUCCCUCCAGGUUUGGUGACUCCACCACUGCCUUGGGCAGCCUGUUCUAAUGCUGGACACUCCUCUCAGGGAAGAUUUUUUUCCUGAUAUCCAGUCAUUUUUAUGGCCCUAUUCAGCCUGCUUUUGAGCUGUCUGGCUCCUUACCCAGAAAUUCAUUGCUUGCUGCCCUCUGAAUUAUGGAAGUGAUUCUUCUGCUCACCCCACAGCCUGUGCUGCUGCUUUUGUCCCAGAUGUUUCCAUUGCUCUCCUCAGUGGGGACAAUUCAGGUCUAUAUCAAGCAAGUUCCCUAUCCCUGCUUUGCUGUGUCAUUUUAAGUAUUUUCAUCUCCCACAGCUUUUUUAUAUUAGCAGCAAAGAAAAGGGUGUUUAAAUAGUAUAACUCAUACCCAGAAAGGCUUCUAGGGGGAUAAAAAGCUUUUCUGUUAAGUCAACACUGAGCCCAGCAGAAAACAAGUGUAUCCAUUGAAAAGUUCCUUGUGGAAGCUGCCAGUAGACAAUGAUGACACAAAAUAUUGCAUUUUCUUUCCUGCCCUGGGACACCAGAAAUGGAUUAGAAAUGCUCAGGGGCAGCUCUCCAGCUGCUGAAGGUCAUGGCAGCUCCAUAGGCUUCAAAGGACUGACCCCACAGCAGCCAGGAGUCUGGUGUUUGAAUCCAAGGUGCAAUCCCUGCACAAAUCAUGGACAGUCUCAUAUGCACCAUAUAGAAAAGUGAUGAUGUGGUUGUGGGGGGUUUUGUUGUUGUUUUUGUUGGGUUUGGGUUGUUUGGUUUGGGUUUUUUUUUCCACAAAUGUGUGUAAGAAAUUGAAUAAAUUCACAAAAUACGCAGGAAUCCUGGUUUGAACUUGGGAUGGAUGGAUGGAUGGAUGGAUGGAUGGAUAAUGGAUGGAUGGAUGGAUGGAUGGAUGGAUGGAUGGAUGGAUGGAUGGAUGGAUGGAAGCCAAACCCAUUUACAGGCAGUGAAGCCCUAAUGUUUCCUGUGUUAUAGAUAGAAGCUUUCAACAUGAGUAACUCAAAAUGAACUGCUCCAAGGAAACAGAUUGAUUUAAAUAAUUGCUUUAAUAUGAUUUUAUCUCUGCAGUUUUAUUUCCCAGAGAAAUGUUUCUUGUCAGCUCUUGUUGGGUAGUACUAAAGUAAUUAAAUACUUUUCAUUUUCAAAUGGACAAAAUCUUAACAUUAAAUGUGACUUUAAAGAAAACCUAA